AUCAUAACAUGAACAGGGCAACAAUCACUAGUACUGUUGACAACAUGUUGAACAGGUUCAAGGGCACGAUAACCAUUUGCAUUGGCUCUUGGAGAGUGUCGAUCCUCCAAACCACUGUGACACAAGCAUUUCGUGCUGAGGGAGAGUGAACCAUGACAAGGGCGUUCACUUCCCCGUUAUGAGUGACAUGAAUGUCGACUGAUGAAAAGUUAAGCGCUAUCUUCCGAGUUGACAAUCACGACGAGGCAAACGGAGAUGCGGAGCAGGAGCAGCUGCAUAUGAUGAAGGCCCUUCCGUACUCCAUGGUCCGGAGGGGUUUGAAAGAUAUUUAUGGUGUUGUGAACUAUGUUCUAGAUGUGAAGAGUGCUAACGUGUGCUAGUAAGUUUUUCCAGUUGAUGGUCGCCCAUCAGGGCCUUUGAUGGCUCUGGGCCUGGGCUGAUUCAGGCUCUUCUUUUCGGAAGAGUAAGUAUAGGCAUCAACAAACUACCGAUUUCGCCACAGGACCCAUAAGUUUCACAAGCAUGCCACAAGGUUACACAUUACACAAGGUCACAAGCUUUGACAGUCCUUACAAGACUAUACAUAUGAUACUAGUCCAAACUCAAUAGUCAAAUAUGAUAAGGAGAAUUUAUCCAUAGCCUCAUGACUUCAAUAGGAUAAGAUCCUAGUGAGAUAAAAGCAAAAUACAGUUGACUUGCUCAUAAUGCAUAGCAUCGGGACCCUAUGCAAUAAGAUAUUUAUGCAUGACUGGAUCUGUAACAUAACGUGA